ACUAACAUUCAGGGGAAGCCAUUCUUCUACUUUCCCUCACCAAAAAAAAAAAAUCUACUUUCAGAGGACACAAGGGAGCGAUCCAGACAGACAGCGAUGAGCAAUAAGAAGGAGGGAGAAAUGGAACAAGGGAGUGCCUUCGAUCUGUACCUCCUCCCUGAAGGUUGUAUUUCCAACAUUCUAUCCCUCACAACUCCUCGAGAUGUAUGCAGGUCCUCGACUGUCUCUCCAGUUUUUCGAUCGGCGGCCAAUUCUGACUCGGUGUGGGAAAAGUUCUUACCUUCCAAUAUCCACCAGAUCCUCUCCUCAUCAUCGGUUUCUCCGUCUCUGCCGACUUUCUCUUCUAAGAAGCAGCUCUUUCUCCAUCUUUGUGAUAAUCCCCUUCUCAUCGACAGAGGCACUAAGACAUUCGCAUUGGAGAAAUGCAGUGGGAAGAAGUGUUAUAUGAUUGGAGCAACAGAGCUUACCAUUACCUGGGGUUCCUCCCCAGAGUAUUGGAAAUGGAUACCCCACCCUGAAUCCAGGUUUUCAGAGGUGGCUGAGCUCUUGUGUGUGUGGUGGCUCGAAAUUCAUGGCAAAAUAGAGACACGACUGCUGUCUUCAAACACAACGUACGGAGCUUACCUGGUACUGAAGUUCACAAACAGGGCCUAUGGAUUCGAGCCACUUGCAGAAGUCUCAGUCAAAUUGGCUAGUGGUACUGGUGGUGCUGAAGAGGGAGAAGUGAAAUCUGUCUCGUUGAAUCCUGGGUGGCCUGUCCAUUCGAAUAAUGGAAGGACAAGGAGACGGGCGAUGCAGCGUAGAGUUAACAUGGGAACACUUCAGUUGUUUCCACGGAGCCUGAGGUCCAGAAACGCGUCGAGCUCAGAAGAAGCAGUGGCGGAUCCACCACCAGAGGGACCCAAGGAGAGAGAGGAUGGGUGGAUGGAGAUAGAGAUGGGUGAGUUCUUCAACGAAAGAGGUGAGGAUGGGGAGGUAGUGAUGAGUCUCAUGGAGGUCAAGGGUGGUACCUGUAAGUCUGGUCUCAUCAUCCAAGGCAUUGAGCUCAGGCCCAGAGAGAAACAGCCUGUUUGAUUCUAACCUCACUCACAAUACCUCUACUUUAUACUUAGCAUAAGCAUUGUAGAUGAAUACAAGAGGUAAAUAUGUCAUUUAAAUAUUUAAUGUUUUUUUGGGAAGUGUUUUCUGUCUGAAAUCGGCUCCUAGACAUUGGGGCUCUGGCCCCUAAGAGGGCACGGUGAUUAUUGCGCACCAAUAAUCUAGGGCACAGAGACUGUUCUUAGACAGAAAACUUAAAAACUUUUCUCAUUUUUAUUUUGAAUUUUUAAGGGAUACAUUAAGAACCAUUUCUAAAGAUACUAGUAUAAAUUUCACAACAUUGUAAAAAAUUGAGUUUUUUUA